UCUGUCACGCGUCAACGCGGCCCAAGUUCGCUGCACCCAUUAACGCAGCAAUGCAAUCCCAACCUGCAGCAAACUGUUAUGUAUGCAGCAAAACAAUUCAACUCAAAUGCAACCUAUUCUUUCAUCCUCCCAUGCCAACACUGCCACUUAUCAACCGAAUCAUGUUCAACCUCAAUCUUAGAACCUCG